UCAAUUAUUAAACAACUACAAAUAUUAGUUAAAUUUUUUAUUCUUAUUUUGUUAUAACUUAAUUUUGUUAUGGCAGCUUUUCAGAGAAUUAAUUCAAAAAAUUCAUCAAGAUAUUUAAAUCUAACCGAUUUUGAACGUCUUGAGUCUCACGUUGAAUCAGAGGGAGAUUUAUUAAUAAAAAAUUUAGCGUCCAAACAAGUGAAUACAAAUCUUACUUUUGAAAAACAACUAGCUCAAGAGCGAGAUUUUAUCACCAGUCAUGAAUAUGUUCCUAUUACUGAAUGUAUUCAAGGAACAGUUAAAUUACCUGAAUUUUGUUCGAGAGUAGAAGAAGCUAUUGCUCUAGAAAAAUCCAACUCUGAUGAAAAGGAGCUACAUAGUGUAAAAAUUGCUGACUGUUUGAGCAGACAUGAACGAGAGUUAGCACUUUGUGUUAAACCUAAUAGUACUGAAACAAAAUUAUUACAAUUUGCUUUAUUGUGUAGGGGUGAUCAAAAGUCCCCUUUAAAAUCACAUCCACCUGAUCAUCCAAUAAAUAACCUAUCUAAAAUAUUUGAAGAAAAAUUUAACCAUCUUGAUGUAUGUCCAAUAAAAACUUCAAAAACAAUUCUCCGUAAACGUAGACAACUGCUUCAAUCUAUUUCAAAACCUGUCAAUGUACCUGAAAAACCUAUUAAAAAUUUAAAAAGACCAUACUCUUUAUGGGAUUUAAAAGAAAAAUAUUCUGAGAAUCGAAGUUCAAAAAUUUAUUCUUAUGAAAAUAAUAAUACUAAUCAGUGUAUAGGAGAAUUAAAAAUUGAAAAUAAAUCUCAUUCUAUUCAAAAUAAAAUCCCAGUUAAUGGACAACAUUUUAUAGCAAGCCGCUUACUCUCAAGCUAUACUAAUAACUUUCCAAAAAUUACUCAAGAAGAAAUUAAAUCUUUACCUCAUUUCAAAAACUAUCAAAUUGGUGAUCCUUCAAAAAUUCUUUAUAUUAAAAAUAUAGCUAAAAAUGUAAAUGAAAAACAUUUAAUAUCAAUUUUUGAAAAAUAUAAAGAAAAACAGGCUCAAAGUAUUAUUUACCGAUAUAUGAAACAAGGAAGAAUGAAAGGCCAAGCAUUUGUUGAGUUUGAAAAUUUUGAAAUUGCUCAUCAAGCAUUACACGAGAAUAAUGGUAUCAUAGUAGAAGGAAAACCAUUAGUUAUAUCAUUUGGAAAAAAAUGAUAGCAAUAAGGAAAGGUUUUACUAGUUUUAUAUUUCAUUAAAAUUGAAUAUCAUUAUUAUAUUGAUAUUAAUUACAUUAAUAAUAAUACCUAUUAUGUAUUAUCAGCUUAAAUAUUAUAAUAAAUUACUAUAAAUUAA